AUGUCAAAAAAGGCGAAAGCCUUAGAUAAGUCGCCGAAAUCGAAAGUGGCAUCGAAAAAACAAGCCCAGAAGAAAGCGUCUUCGAUUACAAAAUGGGGAGUCGGUUGUUUUCUUCUCGCCCUGGUCAGUGGUUUGCUGAAUAAAUUCCAUGUGGAAGUCUUGUUUGAAAACGAAAAGCACUUUUCGCAUCUGUCGACGAUGGAGCGCGAUAUGGCCUUUCGAACAGAAAUGGGGCUGUAUUACUCUUACUACAAGGACAUGGUCGACGCAGAAUCUUGGUGGGCCGGCUUCAAUGGAAUGAUCAAUGACGACGUCAGCGAGCAUCCAAAAACCAUCAAUGUUCUCAAACGGUUCAACCUUUGGCCGGAGCUUUUCUGGGGCACUGUGAAGCGCGUUUACAACCACGUGACCAAAACGCUCAAAAUCAAGACCCAGGAUUGCUGGCAAAUCAACCGUGGUGAAGGCAAGACGCCCGUUCAAAGCUGCGAAGGUCUAGGAGAUGAUCACUACUUCUAUAUCUGGCCGAUUUGGUGGCUGACUGGCUUCUUGAUGUUUGGCGUGUUCGUUUACGGCGCAACUGUGUCCGAAAGUCUCUGGGGUGGCAUCAUUUCUGUCUGCUGCUACUUUUUCAACCAUGGCGAAGCGACGCGUGUCAUGUGGACUCCGCCACUCCGCGAGAGCUGGUCCUUUCCCUUCCUCAUCAUUCAACUUUUACUCGUUACGAAAAUCAUCAAAGCUCCAUCCACCAGUUCAUGCUUGUUUAUUCCCCUUGUCGUGCUCACUUCGCUAUUUAUGAUCACUUGGCAAUUUGCGCAGUUUGCCCUGCUCACUCAGACGGCAUCCGUUAUGGCUACUUACUUGCUGGGCUUCAUUGGCACCGGCAAAAUGAGUCUCAUCGUCAAAGGCCAGGCAGCAGCUCUAGCAAUCAAUUACGUUCUUCAAUGUGGAAAUUCUAUGCUCCUUACUUCGUUCUUCGCGUCUUCUCUUCUAUCUGUCAUUAUUCUCCUUCACUUCGACAGCAAGUUCGAAAAGCUCAACAUCUUCCUGCGAAUCCCAAUUUGGCUCGUCCUCUGGGUUGCCGGCACCCUCUCAAUCAAAUAUGCAAUCGCCUCCGCUUUGCAAGUCACCGAUGAUUCGCAUAUCUUCGACAUCUUCCGUGCAAAGUUUUCGACAUACAAGAACUUCCACACUCAGCUCUACACAUGUGCGAAAGAAUUCGACUUCUUGGAGUGGGAAACUGUCGAGAAACUGACAAAAACUGCUUUGAUUCCUGCUGUCGUUGCGGUUUUAGUUGUUUUAGGAACGACUAUUUUAUACAGAGAAUACUCCUGGUGGAAAAACCCUGAGUCUACUCCAGCAGAAGUUGUAUCCACUGGCUCCGAAAAGUCAAAGCCGCUAGCCGCGGAACUCUACACAUGCAUCCAGGGCCUUGCUUUCACAAGUUUAGCAAUUAUGAUCAUGCGUCUCAAGCUUUUCAUGACUCCGCAGCUCUGCAUUGUUGCCAGCCUUCUCGCCUCUCAGAAAGUCUUUUCUUUCAUUCCCCGUGAGCGCCAAGUGUCUCUUCUUAUUCUUUUCCUCGCUAUUGGUGGCUUCACCGGUGUCAGUAACAUUCAAACGCAAUGGGGCAAAAUCGGCGAGUACGAAAACCCGCAGCAAGAAGACCUCCUCGAGUUCAUCCGCGAUUCCGGUAAAAUUGCCAAGGAUGCUGCUUUUGCUGGUUCGAUGCCAACCAUGGCCACGGUUAAGCUAGUCACGAAGAGAAAAAUUGUCAACCACCCGCAUUACGAAGACACCGAGCUAAGAGAAAGAACCUAUCAAGUCUACACGAUGUUUUCAAGACGACCAGCAGAGCUUGUGCACAAAGCCCUAAUGGACUUGCAAGUCGACUACUUCAUCCUCGAAGAAGGCUGGUGCGUGCGCGGAAAGGGCACACCAUGCUCCCUAGCAAACAUGUACGAUAUCGAAGAUGUAGAAUUCCGAGGCAAUGAAGCUGUCUGUCACGCUAUUCACAAAGACCCCGCUCCCUAUUUCAAGCGCAUCUUCAGAAACCCAACGUAUCACAUCUUAGAGGUGGUCAAAAAUCCCAAAGUUUAA